GAAGAGGACACGAGGCACAUCAUGUUUUGCCCUGACUGUGGAACUGAAGCAGAAAAGUCAUUUAAAUUCUGUCCUGAAUGUGGCUACAAGUUAUUUCUUUUGACCCCAAAAAAGGCCCAAGAUGGGGCUUCAUCAGCUCAUCAAAUUUCAACCCCUGCUGAGGAGAAAAACCAAAAGGAGGCCCAAGACCCGGCUCCAAAAGAAAAACAAGAAAACACCACUGAAAUACAGGGACCGUUGGCCACUGAUGAAUCAGAGCCAGACAGCAAGGGUGCUACACCAUCAGAUAAGACUGCUAGGAAAGCCAUAGCGGAAAGUGGAAGCACAUCCUCAUCCCUCCACCAGACACAGCUGGAAAGUGAAAUAGCAGCUUGUAAGGAGAAAGAGCAGCAAACUGCUGUGACUGCUGAAAGCAACUCUCAAUCACACAAUGAGAAAGCAAGCCUGUCUGUUCCCAAAACACCACCUGGGACCAUGUCUAACUCUGCAUCAUCCCUGACAACUACACAAACAGACUCUACUGCCCCUGAAUCAUCUAAGAAAAUAUUGAAAGAAGGCAAAGUGGCAACCCAGCCUGCCCCAGGACAAGAUACAGAUGAGACAACACCUCAUGUGAAUCAAAAUCUGUCUGGGAAUUCAUCCAUCAGUGAAGGAAUAACUCUGUACUUUCAUGCUGUUGUUUCUAAAGACUUUAAUUUGGAUCCAAAGAAAGACAUUGUUAUGUUGAAAUCUGAUGCAUUGUUUGGAAGCUGGGAUAAAGCUAUACAAAUGUUUGCCAGGCCUCUUGGAGACAACCGAUAUCUUGUUGAAGGACUUGUUACGAUUCCCAAAAAAAUAAUUCAGAGGAGCAUACCCUACAAAUAUGCAGUUUACAAGCACAGUAAAAAGGAGCUUAUCUAUGAGACCAUCUACCAGGAAAAGGAAAAUGAGUACAUCAACAGAUGCCUGUCAAUCAAACAGGAACUUCUGACAACAAAAGGUGAGUGGCACCAAUAUGAUGAUGUGAUCCAUCCCAAACUGAAGAGUACCUGGAAUAUCUGGACUUCUGCAAAAAAAACUGUAAUAGAAGGGAGAACCCAAGCUGGGCAGCAAAUGUUAAAAAUAAUCUUUGAUCUUCUUACAACCUGGAAUGAACAGAAUGUGGAAAACUUCUUUGUCCUGCUACAACAGUUCCUUCAUACAUACAGCUGUCCUCUUCUUCACGAUGGUAUGGAAAGAUGGUGGGAAUUAUCAUAUGGUGUAGAACAGGUGAAAAACCUUCUUAAACAUUUUCUGGAGGAAAACAUUAGUUAUAAGGCCAUAAAGAAGACAGAAAAAAUACCACCUCUCCAUGCGGGGAUCAUUAGAUUGCUUGUCUACAACAUGUACCUGAAGGACAGCAUGACAAAUCAACUUUCUAGCCUAUGUGAUCUUCUUUGUCUGCCUAAUAAGCCACAGCACCAUUUCUCCAAAUUCUGGGAAAACUUUGCAAAUCCUUUGGCAGAUAAAAACAGAGUUGCAGAUGCAGUUGAGACCCUUUGCCAAACUGCUAUAAAACACAGUAUUGAGAAGUGGGUCUUGGUCAUCCCUCUUAUUCAUCUACUGAGAGGAGAAAGCAAACCUUAUGAGCCAGUCCCACCUGUCUUGAAUCCACAGUUUGACUCCUGGACAGGCUUGAGUGGAAUAUACUCUCACUGGAGAAAAUAUGCUGGCAAUGCACAGAAUCUGAUCAAGCUCAUGAAGGAACAUGCAUACCUGGCAGACAUCGAUGGCCUUCUUGCACACUCUUGGAUGUCUCUUAUGCGGGUGGAUGACCUAAUGAGCUUCAUAUCAAGCAUGCAAGUUGAACUUCUAGACAUUCUUCAAUGUUUGAUGUUCAGGAUCAAAUCUGACAUACCUCACUCCAUGUUUAUGGCUUUUAAUGAUUUGACAUCUCAUCUCAUCAGACGAGAAAGCCAUCACAAUAAAAGAUUUGAUGACAGAAAUGGAGAGUGCUGCCUGAAAACCGCAGUAAUGCUUCUUGUUUCUGUCUGCUGUCUCACAAAAGAGCCAAACCGCUGUGAUCUUCCUCUUAACUGCCUCGAUCUAGUUUGUCUGAUUGCAAAGGCAUAUAGCCACAGUGAUUCCCAGAGAAGAGAGAGAAUUCAUGAAGAGUCAGUCGGGGAGACAUUAGAAACGAUGAGGGAGUGGCGGAGGAACACCUUCAAAAACAAACUGCUGAAUCAAUGGGGUCAUUCGCAGUUUUCUGUACCCAAUGAAGUAAAGGUAUGGAACAAAUUACUUUCAGCAUCUUUCAGCCAUGAAGAACACACUAAAUCCUGGAGAAGCACAUUCAUAAAUGAUUUUGAAGGCAAACUGAAAAAGGAACACCCUGUGAAUCAAAUUGGAAUAUACUGCAACAUGAUGGAAGAGUUAAGCAGGACAAGUCCACUGUUAUGCAGCAUAAUGGAGAAAUGUGCAAUGGAGGCUGUUGCACAUAUUUGCCAGGAUAAAUCUGGAGAAGCUGUGUUUGCUCUUUUGGAUAAAUAUGAUAUCACAAAGUUUUUGAAGCUGAUGUCUGUUGUUGUGGUGGAGUCAUGGCCCAAAGGUGCAAGUGGAGAUGACAUUCAAGGCGAAGACUUGAUAUUUGAGUACCUUAUAAACUGGCCCAUGGCCAAAGCUAUCUUCCAAAUGACAGGUGUUAGAAGAGGACUGACUGACAAACUGUCAGAUGAAGCACAAAUUAAGAUAGUUUUGGGGACUACAGCCUUCAAAUCUAUAUCAGAAAAAUUACUGAAUGGAAACAUCCAAAUGAAAACUUUACUUCACAUUUUCCAGAGAAAACGUGAAUUUCUUGAUUUGCUGAAGUUAGAUGUCCUGUGUGAUGAUGGUCGUUGUAACGAUGAGCAAAACAUGAGAAAAUUACUGGAACAAAGAGAAGCGGAAGCAAAAGCUGUGAAUACUAAGAAAGAGCUGGUCAGGGGUCUUCUACAAAUCUGCCAAGAAGUUCCAGAACAUGUGAAAGUUGACUUCAAUGGGUUGGACCAAAAACUUAAUCAGAACAUUGAGACAAUGAAUCUGAAUGAAUUUAUGAAGGUUUGCACUCUGGAUGAACUGAGCUCUUCUACAACUUUGAAUGUCACUUUUUUCAAUUUGUGUGAUAAAACCCACCAAAUGGCUUCAGAACUGUUGGAUAUUAAAGACAGCGCAAUCUUCAAAAUGUGCUGGACCAACCAAGUGGAAGAGCUGUCAAGAGACCAACCAGAUGCAGAUGACACUGAUAGAAAUGAAGAAGUCUAUACUCUUGAGCAGAUCUACAACAAAAUAUUCCAAACCUGCUAUGCCAACUACAAAAAGCUUUAUGAUAGUCUUAAGAGUGGAGAACUUCUGCUGGAGGAAAUUGACAGCAUCUUUGAAGUCUAUAAAGGAAGGUAUGAAGACUUGAGGAAAGACUUAAAUAUCAUGUGCAGAAUCAACUCAUCUGACGACAGAAAAUGGAUCAGAGGAAGGGUUUACCAGAUUCAACAGUACCAGGAUGUUCAUCUAGCAAUGGAAUCUUCCAAAAUCAUCAUGGAUAUCAAAAACAUAAUAUGUCCAGAAGGAGACUUCAGUGUAUUGGACAAAUUGCUACAAAUGAAUGAAUCCAACUUUAAGAAAAACAACGUGAAGUGCAUUGAUGAUGCUUUCAUAGAUGCAAAAAAGAUUCUGAAAGACAUUACGGAUGAUCGCAAGGAAUGUCUUCAAAAACUCUUUCAGAGUAAAGACUUCAUCCAGUGGAUUAAGAAAGAACUUAAAGAUGUCAAUGAGCUAAAGGUUUUUGUUGAUCUGGCAUCAAUCUCUGCUGGAGAAAAUGACAUGGAUGUCGAUCGAGUUGCCUGUUUUCAUGAUGCCGUCCUUGGUUACUCGUCCAUGCUGUAUGACCUGAAGCAGGACUCUGAUUUUAAGAAGUUCAAUGAGUCAUUAUCAAAGUUGUGGAAGGCACUUGAUAAUGACAAAGAUAUACCCAAGAAGCUGCUCGAUACUUCACGUCAUCUGGAAUGGUUAACAACUGUUAGAGAAAGCCAUGGAUCUGUUGAAUUCUCAUCGCUGUCUUUGGCUACAUCCAUCAAUGACCGAGGGAAAUACAUCAUCAAAGCACAAAACCAGAAAAAGAUUGACUUAGAUAAUUCUCUGACACUACAAACUGAGGAUGGACAUAAAACCAUGACAUAUACCUUUGAGGACCUGAAAGAGCUGCAAAACAAGCUCAUGCUCAUGUCUGGAAAAAAGCAACACAAUCAGAGUGAAGUGGAGCGGUUCACCGAGGUGUUUGAGAACAUCCAAAGACUUGCCAAAGCAUUCAUAGAUCUUCACACUUCAGGAAACCCACUAUUCAGGUGUUGGGAAGCUAAGAUUUUUUGCAAUACUGAGAGUGACCCAUGUAUCACUAUGGAAAUCAACUUUUGCAAGACACUGUAUGGCUUCAAAAUAAAUGGAAGUUUAAUUGAAGGACUCACAUCACUAUCCAAGAACAUGGAGAUGUUUCUUGAUGACUGGCAAAAUUUCAUGGACAGACAGAGAAAUGAUCACUACUACCUAAACUACUUCACAGCAGAACAAAUGUUCUACUUGUGCAGCAUAUUGUCUCCAACAAACAUGAAUGCAGAAAUAGAGGACAAAGCACUGAUGAUGCUUUCUUUUAUCAAACCAAACUGCUCAACAUCAGAUGUCUGGACUACAUGGAGAAGGUUUCACAACCAAUAUGAUUGUGGCAAAAGAGAUGGUGAACACAUUGAUAGUCAUUUUACAGACCACACUGACCCAGCAGAUGAAGCAGAGCAGGCUGUUGGUUUGAAAGAACUUGAGGAGUUGUGGAACAGCUACAUGAAGAAUGAAGGAGUAUUUUUCCAUGACCUUUUACACAUCAGGAGUUUAGGAAGUCUCUUGCAAUUGAUGACAGAAAACAAAAAUGAGAGUGAAUGGGAAGAGGAACCGAUGCUCUCAGAGACAAAAGACAGUUCCCUCAGAAGGAGCCUUCCAAAAGGCUUAAACUCAAAACAACCUAAUCUCAUAAUCUGCCCACACGAUGAGGUCCUGACUUCAAGUAUCUGCUUGUACAUGACCAGCGACUACGAGCCAUUGCCAACUUAUGAUGAGGUGCUCUUGUGUACCCCUUCAACAUCUUAUGAACAGGUAGAGCUUUUCCUGAGAAGAUGUCUCACACCAGGUGACAUUGGCCAGAAGAUUUACACAAUGCUCUUUGCAGAUCAGCUUUCCUAUGAUGUUAGCUGUGCAAUGGAGAGGUGUUUUCAAAACCUGUGCUCCCUGAAAAAUGAUUACAGGCUAGUGAUCUUUUGCAGCUCUGACAGAGAGCACACUUACAUUCCAACUGCAUUCAGUCAGUACAAAGCAGACUUUGUGCCACAAGAGCCACUGGAAAAGAUUCAGCAGUACCUUUCCAGGCAUUACACCAUCACCUCAGAUUACAAGAAUGCUGUGUUCAAAGGUGGCCAUUCUUUGGGUAUUGUUGCUUCCAGUCGUGCAGGAGUCGGCAAAUCAUUGUAUGUCCAAAGAUUGUAUGAAAAGCUGGAGAAAAGUGUUAAACAAGGAAGUGCAUUUAAGAAGUGCAUCAGGCUCACUGAACAUGAAGUUGAUGACCACAAGAUUCUCCGGUUUUUGUAUGACACACCAAAACAAAAAGAUCUUAAGGUGUUUCACUUUGAUGUCACAUCCUCGGUGCAAAAAGGCUUGAAUGAAUUCAUCUUCAAGCUUUUCUUUUUGCGGUACCUGAUGGAUUCUGAUGGACAAAUGUGGCACUGCAGGCAGAACCACUUGUAUAUCAUUGAGUUACUAGAAUCCACAAAUGAUCAGAACAGAUGUGCCACCAGAUCAGUACGAAAGGAAAACUUUGCAUUCUCAGAUGUUUUCCCAAAAGUGUUUUGCCGUCCACCAAAAGAGGUUAUGGCUUUGGAGAUGCAGAAAGAAGGAAAUCAUGACAUGGAUUGUGAUGACCCCCUCAUGGAUGAUGAAUGUUUCAGAAGUGAAGCUUAUCAAAGACCAUACCAGUACCUCACACGUUAUUACAACAGUGACAAUCUUGACAACUUCACUUACAGGGGCAUUGAAGGAACCCGUGCAAAGUGCCUUCAGAUACUCUUAAUCUAUUGUGGUAUAAUAGAUCCAUCAUGGGCAGAGCUGCGUAACUUUGUUUGGUUCCUUAAUCUUCAGCUGAAAGACUGUGAGAAUUCAGUUUUCUGUAACUUUGAGUUUGUUGGAGACACUCUUCACGGGUUCAAAAACUUUGUGGUUGAGUUCAUGAUCUUGAUGUCCAAAGACUUUGCAACCCCAUCACUAUGCAUCUCUGACCAGAGUCUAGGGAGGAAGAAAACUGACAUCAGUGGGCUAAAAGAAAAUGACUUAGCUCCCUUCCUUUUUAGAAAAAGGUGGGAAAGGGAGCCACAUCCAUACAUCUUUUUUAAUGAUGACCACAUGUCCAUGACGUUCAUUGGAUUUCACCUUAAGCCCAAUAACCAGAGAGGGGUUGAUGCAAUAAAUCCUUUGACUGAAGAAGUGAUAAAGGAAAACAUCAUGAGCAAAGAGCUGUACAAUGCCUUAAAACUUCAGAGAGUCCCUUUUAAUACGGACUUUGAUCAGCUCCCUAGAGCUGACAAAAUUGAGCAUCUCUGCAGUGUGCUUGGCAUCAAGUGGCCAACAGAUCCUGAUGAAACAUAUGAACUGACCAUUGACAAUAUCCUCAAAAUGAUGGCAAUUCAUAUGAGAUUUAAGUGUGGCAUUCCUGUCAUCAUAAUGGGUGAGACAGGAUGUGGCAAAACAAGGCUCAUAAAAUUCAUGUGUGAACUGAGAAGAUGUGGAGCAACUGCAGAAAAUAUGAAACUGGUCAAGGUUCAUGGAGGAACCACAUCAGAAAUGAUUUAUGAGAAAGUGAAGGAAACAGAAACUCUUGCAGUGACCAAUAAAGAGACUCAUGGGUUUGACUCUGUUCUCUUCUUUGAUGAGGCAAACACCACCGAGGCCAUUAGUUGUAUCAAGGAGAUCCUUUGUGAUAACUCAGUGCAGGGAGAAGAGCUUGGCUCUAAUACAGGGCUACAGAUAAUUGCAGCUUGUAACCCAUACAGAAGACAUACAGACCAAAUGAUCGAGAGGCUGGAAGCAUCAGGAUUGGGCUACCGUGUUCGAGCUGAGGAGACUGAAGACAGACUUGGCUCCAUCCCUCUCCGCCAGCUUGUGUAUCGUGUUCAUUUGUUACCACCCAGCAUGAUGCCUCUUGUUUGGGAUUUUGGACAACUCAAUGACUCAACAGAGCAAAUGUACAUCGAACAAAUUGUACAAAGACAGGCAAAGGCCAGCUUGAUUGAGAAGAGCUAUAUACCAACAAUAAUUAAAGUGUUAUCGUCAUCACAAAAGUUCAUGAGAGAGAGGAAAGAUGAAUGCAGCUUUGUCAGUUUGAGGGAUGUUGAACGCUGCAUGCAAGUAUUUCUGUGGUUCCACAAAAAUCAUCCAAUGUUUGCUGAAGCUCUAAAAGCCUUUGGUCAGCAGCAAUCUCAGAGGAAAAAAAACAACCCACCAUUUUUACCUGCUAGGGACAAAGUAAUCUGGUCACUCUUGAUGGCUACUGGAGUAUGUUAUCAGUCCUGUUUGGAACACAAAGGGCGAUAUCAGGAAACUAUCAGCCAAAUUCUGCGUGAUGAGUACAAACCACAGAGAAUACAACAGGAAAUCCAACUCAUGCAGGAUGUUCUACUCAGUGGGGUACCCAUGGGCGAGACAAUAGCCAGAAAUGAGGCUUUGAAAGAGAACUUCUUUAUGAUGGUGGUCUGCAUUGAGCUAAGAAUUCCCUUGUUUAUUGUUGGAAAACCUGGAAGCUCCAAAUCACUGUCUAAAACCCUAGUUGCAGAUGCAAUGCAGGGUCCCACAUCACAUUCUGACCUCUACAAGAAGCUGAAACAAAUACAUCUGGUGUCCUUCCAGUGUAGUCCUCAUUCAACUCCUGAAGGAAUAAUCAACACAUUUAAGCAAUGUGCCCGCUUUCAAGAAAGCAAAAACCUGGAUGAAUAUAUCUCAGUUGUUGUUCUUGAUGAGAUUGGAUUGGCUGAGGAUUCCCCAAAAAUGCCACUGAAAGCAUUGCAUCCAUUACUGGAAGAGGGCUGCGUUGAUGAUGAGCCAAAACCUCAUAAAAGGGUUGGGUUCAUUGGAAUUUCUAACUGGGCAUUGGACCCUGCCAAAAUGAAUCGUGGAAUUUUUGUAUCCCGUGGAGAUUUAAAUGAGAAAGAGCUUAUCAAAAGUGCCAAAGGAAUCUGCUCAUCUGACAAACAGGUUCUUGAAAAGAUCAGUCACCUCUUUGAGCCCUUUGCAAAAGCAUAUAGGACAGUAUGCGAAGAAAGCAAAGGGUUUUUUGGUCUGCGGGAUUUCUACAGUGUGAUAAAAAUGUUAUUUUCAGUUACCAAAUCCUCUAAUGAACGUCCUACUGCAGAUCAGAUCACUGGAGCAGUCCUGAGAAACUUCAGUGGAAAAGAUGAUGUUGAUGUACUUGACAUAUUCAGCAAAGAACUCAGAGAUGACUUUGCUAAUGCUAGUAUCACAACUAUUGACAUGGUUGAGCAAAGCAUCUCUCCAGCUUUUAAAAUGGAGGAAAGCAGGUAUCUUUUAAUCCUCACAAAAAACUACGCAGCUCUUCAGAUUCUCCAACAGAUAUUCUUCUCUCAUCAAAUCCACCCAGAGAUAAUAUUUGGAUCUAGUUUCCCAAAGGAUCAGGAGUACACACAGAUUUGUAGGAACAUCAAUCGGGUCAAGGUGUGCAUGGAGACCGGACAGACAGUUGUGCUUCUGAACCUUCAAAAUCUGUAUGAAAGUCUCUAUGAUGCUCUGAACCAGUACUAUGUGACACUUGGGGGUCAAAAGUAUGUUGAUCUUGGAUUAGGAACACAUCGUGUGAAAUGCAGAGUUCACCAAAACUUCAGGCUCAUCGUCAUUGAAGAGAAAGAAGUGGUCUAUGAGCAGUUUCCAAUACCACUCAUUAAUAGGUUGGAGAAACACUACCUUGACAUCAACACUGUCCUCAGAACGGAACAGAAGGACAUUGCCAGACAGUUAGAGGCAUGGGUCAAAAAUUUUGUCUCCUUAAGUAAUCACUCUUCAAAAAAACAGUAUUUUCCAAGUGAUGUGUUCAUCGGCUACCACUCAGACACAUGCUCCUCUGUGGUCAUGCAAGUAGCAAAGAGUCAGAGUACUGAAACUGAUGCUCAGAUCACUCUGAACAAAGCCAAAGGCAUUCUGCUCAACUGUGCCACUCCUGACUCAGUUGUUCGUUUGGACAAAUCCAACCUUCCUGAUGAGGAAAGAGAGCAUUUAAUGCAAGAAUAUGUUAAAGACGCAAUGCACAGUUCAUUGGGAGACUACAUUGUGUAUCACACUCAGCAGCCUGAACAGUCACACUUCUUGUUCACUGAGGUUACAACCUUUUCCAGGCUACUCACUGCAGCAGACAUUCAACAGCUGCAGAGCCUGAUAAAGAUUGAGUCUAUCCAGCUGCUGACACUGCAGCAAUUUGACACUGAGUACUCUUUCCUCAAGAAAAUCAGGGAAUUUCUGGGCUCAACACAUGCAAACAAAGUGCUCAUUAUCCAAGCGGACUAUGAUGAAGGAUUUCACAGAAGGAAUAUUCUUUCCUCAGCCAAGUACUCAUGCUUCAAUGAAGUAAACAAGUGUGAUACUACUGACGACACAAAGACAUUUGUGUACUUUGUCAUCAAACUACCUCGAAUAGAGGGUGGGACCUCCCAUGUUGGGUUUCAAGGCGGUCCUUGGAGGUCUGUUCACAUUGAUGAUCUCAGAAGAUCAAAAGAGUUUUUUUCAGAUGUCCUUUCUUUGAAAGAUUGGCGCAUAAGUGAUCUUUUUGAAGAUCCACCUGAGGCCAUGGAGACAGAAGACUACACUGGCAUGCCACAAACUGAUGACUCUACAGUUUUCAAAGAUUUCUUUGACACUACAAACCUGGUGAGAAGCUGUGUGCAGAGUGCAGUGAGCAUGCUGAGAGAUGAAGGAGACAGUGGAGAAUUCAGCACUAAGAGAGUCGAGAAUCUGCUCGCUCUUCUGGAUGGCAGUUAUAAUCAAGGAUUGUUUGCAAAAACUGUGAGGAAGCGAAUUCACUCACUGUUAAAGGACUAUGAGCUCAACAUGCCCAAUCCAAAAAGCUGGGUUCUAAAUGAAGCAUCUAAUGUCAGCGCUCUUCAAGAGGGAGGGACGUUCCUACACACACUGUGGAGGAAAAUCCAAGCAGUUGUGUCUCCACUUCUAGCCUACUUGAUCUCAGUCAUGGACCGAGACUGCAAUAUAGACCUUCUCCUGGAUAAUGAGGAAGACAUCAGGAACCUGUGGCUCGAGAUUUUUAGGAACAAAGAGAUGCUCAGUGUGCCUUAUGUGAAGGUAGAAAACAAAUUAUUAAUGGUACAAAGCCAUAUCACAGGUGGUCACACCAUGCAUUGCCACAUGCCCUUCAGUUGGUGGAUCAAAGACUUCCUAGAUGGGCUCAUGAUGCAAACAUCCAGACAUCAAAAUCAUUCACCUGGUCAUUUCCAUGCAUUUUUCUUGAAAACUCCAUUUGGCAGUUACAUGGCAAACAUUGCGAAUGAAAAAAUUAGAGACUUUUUUGAAAGGUACCUGUGGGAUUUUGUUUCCAUGACCAUGAAAGUGGGAUCAGAUGAAGAAUUAGAGCUCCUUUGUCAUGCCAUGUUCAGCUGUGUUGAUGAAGUACAGAGACGAAGACGAGAUGAUGACCUUUCUUUCCUACACAUCCACGUUGCCUAUCAUUUCUUCCAAAACCGUUUUCAGAACCUCUCACGGAUGCUUUCUCUACACCCUGAAGUGGUUUCACGUUUGCGAGCAAAUCAGCACAUUAGACGCUGUCCUGAGAUGGUUUUGGAUGUUUAUGCAGCCAAAGCAUGUGUUGAAAGCCUGGAACCUUCUAAUUUAGACAAUGAUACCCAGGGCUGGCUGAGGAAGGUGAAGAAGGUGCAGGCCUCUUUGGAUUUGAUUUGCUCUGAAAAUAAUGCCAAACAAUAUGGUGAGCAGUGCAAGAAAAUACUCCAUGAUGUCAGUAAAGGCUGGAAGCGCAUCUACAUCCUCUCUUUGUUUGUUGAACACAUGCUGCUGGGUUUCCAAAAGGAAAACAGUCAGCUUAGGACUCUGGUCCUGAACCACACUGAAAUCCUUAGCAGGAUUUUAGAGAGAAACUCGGAUGUAAAGUCCACAAAGUCUUUUGAGGCUGUAGUUGGAGUCCUGAAGUCGUCUAGGCAGGCGGCAACUAAUCAGAUUUUCAGGUUUGGAGUUGAAUGUGGGGUGUGCAUAAGAGAGCCUCAGGAACCAGUGGAACUGCCAUGCAAUCACAUCUACUGCUUAACAUGUAUCGAGAGAAGCAUUGAUGCAGGACGGACAUCCUGCCCAAAGUGCCGCCAGCAGAUACCAAAUGACUUCCUACCUCAUGUUUCUGAAGACAUAAGAGCUUCUAUCAAGAAAAAUGCAGGAUUCAGGCAACGUUGCAACAGUUUCUUUAUUGAUCUGCUCUCUACUGUGUGCUUCAAGGACAACACACCUCCAGAGGGGGGUGUCAUUACCUACCUUUUGUCCUACCUGAUGAUCGAGACAGAACAGAAACAGAUUCACACCAAGGAUUUAUCACCUUUUGAUGAGUCCCCAGAUAAAAACCCAGUUGUGCGAUCGGUAAUCCUCAAACUGCUACUGAAGUUCAGCUUUGAUGAGGUCGAGAAAUAUUUGCAGCAGCAUUUGUCAUCUGUUGAAGAAAGCAGAUUUGUGGAUGAUGUAGAUAAAGCAGAGCUGUUUGCCUUAUACAUCAACUGCUUGGAGGACUCCAUCUGGGAGAAAAUGCCCCAGGAGGGUAACAAAACUGAAGAGUUGCAAUGUUUCAUUAAUGAAGCACAGUUCCUGCGCUCGUUUGGUGCUGAAGUCACUCCUGUUCCAGCAACAGUGUCUAUUCAGCAUCUGCAACACAUUGCCAGUUUGCGUGUGACCCUCACCAUGGCUGCCCAGCUCAUCAGUGACAGACUAUCUGGCAACAAUGUCCCAGACGGUGCUGAAGAUUUUCUGAACUUGGUCAAAAAGUUCUGUGAGGACAGUGGGAAUGAUUGGUACCGUGUUUACCUCAUCCGCAAGCUCAGCGAAUUGCAGGGUGUCCAGUAUGUCCAGACAAUGGUGAAACAACCAGAGUUCUUCUGGAUUUUCCCUGAAGAGAUUUGUCAGCAGAAUGAAGAUGGAGGCCUGAUGGACCAGUAUCUUUUGUAUGGAAAGGAGUAUAAGGCCGUGAGAGAUGCAGUUGCUAAGGCGGUAGUAGACGGUGACGUCGACCACAUAGAAGACGUCUGUGAGAACUGCACUGCAUCACCAAGGAAUCGAACAGUGUUCAUCCUCUUGGCUCUUUUCCGAGAAGUUACAACUCUGUACAGAUCUGAAAACAAGGGUCUUCAUCCUAAACCUGAGCAAUGUAAUGGAUUUGAUGACCUCAUCGAUGGCUCGAGGUAUCUGCAGCAAAGAGAAGUAAGGGAUUUUGCCUCAGCCUUGAUAUAUAACAGGCUGGGAGCCCUCGCCAUCCAACCUGGUAGUACUAUCAUGGAGAACACUGUCACUGAGCUGAUCAUCCAUCUGGCAGCUGUGCUGCUCACUGGGACUCAUCUUCUGCUGAUGCCACUCAAACACCUUGGCCUGUCUCCUGAAAAUAUGCAGAGGGCUUUCAUACCCACAAUGCCUGAUGACAUGUUAGCGAUUGCCCAGGCAGCCAUACAACAACAACUACCAUACUAUCAGGGCCAGCUCACAUGGUAUGUUUGUCCAAAUAAUCACCCAUGUUGUGUUGAUAUGUGUGGCCGGCCAAUGGAGAAAGGCCAAUGUCUGGAGUGUGGCGAAGAAGUUGGAGGGGAAGAUCAUAUAGCCUUGCCUGGAUUCACACAAGUUCCACUGCAUCAGGAUCGUACAAGUCCCGGUCACAUCCUGGGAGACCCUGAGCGGAGAAACAGCCCAGAUGCCUUAGACACCAAAAACAUGUCUCUGACUCCCUUUACUCUGGUGCGGCUGGUUACACAUCUGGCCAUGAUGCUGGGAGCCUCAGAGAAAUCCCAGGCUGUCCAACAGAUAAUCCAGCCACCUGUGGAGGAUGUCUGUUUGUUUCUCAGGCUGCAUAUAGUAAAGGAUCUUGAACAGCUGUCACAGGCAUUGGGAAAAGGAGCUGAUGACACUGUAACAUCUGUUCACUUGGUGCUCAGAUCCCUGCAGGAGCUACAGCAGGCCAGCCACACUGGUAUUGACCCUUACCUUACAACCAAAGAAUCCAGAAACACCUGGGAGACUACUGUGGCUACAGAUAUUAUGACACCAAAGUUGAAGGAUCUUGACCAACUCCUACAAGAAGCAAAGGGAACCAUCAGAAAUGACUCCCGUAUAGCUUCCAACUUCAUCAUACGGACCACCCACUGUGAUGACUGUAGCUUCCUUGCCUCACUGCAACAGAGCUCUCAGGUUCACAGCUCAGCGGUGUGGAGCUGCAGGGAGAGGCUGUCGUUGCUCAGUCUCACACACAUUAUGGAGACUAAUGAUCAAAAGGAGGAGCUGCCGCUGCUCUGGAGGUUCCUGCAGAAGGAGAGAGAAUUUCGGCAUAUUAAAUUCCUCCCAGAAAUCCUAAAUCUGCAGAAACGUUUGGUGAGAAAGUAUCAGAAUGCAUCUGAAGAGAUUGUGGGCUCCAUCAGAGAGUUCACUGAUGAGCAAACAGGAAUGAGGCCAUGGUCAAAACACAUUGAGACCUUCCUGAAAACUUGGAACCAGCUCAGAGUUUCUGUAACCAGCAAUGAAAUAAAAAUUCCAGAGGAAUUUUGCAGUAAGGAUUUGGACCUGGACAGCGACCUGAAGUACCUCCUGCCCCGUCGGCAGGGUCCAGGUCUGUGUGCCACAGGGCUGGUCAGCUAUCUGGUGACGCUACACAAUGAACUGGUAAAUGCAGUGGACCAUCAUACAGGAGAGGACAGCAGUGACUACACAGUGAGUCUGUCGGAGCUAAUGGAGCAGCAUGUGAUCAGCUAUGAUGUGGAGAAGGACCUGUUUCCUCUGAUUUUGUCCAACUGCCAGUACAGCUUGGAACGUGGCCAUGAAACAAUAUCUCAGUAUGAUCUGCCCAGGAUCCAGCAGCAGAUCCUCACCCGCUUUCUGCAGGGAAAACCCCUCAUCAGCCGUGCAGGAAUUCCAACACUGAUCAACACUCAAGAGAGAGACUAUGAAACUAUUUUCACAACUGUUAAUGGAAAAGUGCCACAGGUUGCUCUGUCCUCUCUGGCUCGGAACACUUUUUCCAGAGGGUUGGACUCCUACAGCGAGGUGUGUGAGGCCCUCAAGAUUGUGGAGCUGCUUCUGGGUUUCCUCUCAUUGACUGGUGGUGAUCCCACUAUGAAACUGGUCUCUUACCUUCAGGACACUCUAAAGAUGGACCAAAACAUUGAUCGGCAUAUACUGAGGGCUUUUGGCAAAUGUGACCUCAGACACUGUGUUUGUCUGUGGCAAGUCCUCUCCUCUGUCAGAUCUGAAAAAAUGCUGCAUCUGAAAAGGGAGCCCUUUUCCGGGUAUCCAGCUGAUUACCAGAUGACACUGACUGAGGACAACAAGACUGAGCUAAAAGGAUUCAUAUCCAGAGGAAACGUGGACCAGUGGCAGCUUGAAAUGCACCAAUUCAUCUUGUUGCAUCUGAGCCGCCUACGGGCCACUGAGGUCUACAAUCCAUUAUGGAGUGUGAAGGGGGCAGUCAGUGGAUACAUGGACCGUAAAGAAGUGGAGGUCCCCCUUUACGUGAAGGAACACUUCCCUGAAAGUCUGAGGCUCUCUCAGAUAAUUGAGACCUGGAAAUACACAAUCACUGCCAAACAGGAGUUGGUGAUGGAGGGAUGAACUGGAUGAGUUUGUAGAGAUUUUAGCUAUUAGAAGAAGUGCUUUUUUUUCCUGCAUUUAUUGACAUAAUAAUCAUAGGAUGCCAAAUGAGAAAAGUUGAUUUGUUUUUGAAUUUUUUUAGAAAUUCUAUUGAAUGACCAAACGGAUAUUUUAUUUGGCUCUGGUUUAUUAAUGUUUCCCUGGUCCUUAGAUAUGGAAGAUUACAAAUAGCCUUUAGGCUUAGUGAGAAAAAUAAUAUUUAGUAUGGUAGAUUAAACUGGAUUCCACCAUCCACAAUUUAAUAAGUGUGAGAGAAAUAUUUGCUGAGCCUUGCAGUUGUUCGGAUCUAUCCUGGAAAAUUUGACAAUAUACUUGUAGAGGCUAUUUACCCAGUAAAUACAUAUUCUGCUCCUACAAUGUGUUUUUUUUUUUUUUUUUAAGUCUUGUUUUUUCUAUAUUAUUACCACUACUACUAUUAUGAUAAAACUCAUAAAGGUCACAAAUAUUUCGUUUUCAUUAUAUUUUAGUCUUCUUUCAAGUGGUUUGAAUUUGAAAAAAAAAAAGAGUAAUGCUGCAAGCACUGAAUAUUGUUUCUGUAAGAGAUUAAAGCAGUAAUGGACUGAUACUGAUAUUUUAUGUUUAAGGGUUAUUUUUUAAUUCUUUUAUGUUUUUAAAUAUAUUUUACAGU